AGUGGAUGCAUGGUAGGCUAAUUGAAUAAUUGGUAAUCUACAUAAAUGCUGGCACGUUUGUUCAAGUAAAAAGCCUCUUUCAAGUCAGAGUAACGCAGGCUUUGAAGUGCCAGGCAAAUGCUUUAGUCAUGAAGUCCAUAAUCUCUGAUCUGCACUUGAAAUUUGCAGAAAAGACAUGGAAAGAAACCUUUCAGCUUGUCCGAAGAUGCAUGGACAGACCAAAAGAUGCCUCCCGACCAUGUGUGCCGCUGCUUAGAUCCUUGGAACGGCUCCAGGAAGUGGUAAAUGUGUCCUCUUUGAAUACCAUGAGGUCUCGUCUGGAAAUGAUUGCUAAACAACAAGGAAUGGGCUUUCACAUCACUGAGGCCACAUGCUACCUGACAGCCGAUAUGUUUUACCUGGAGGUGGUGUUGCUGCUGUGUGGCGAGGUGGAGGAGGUCAAAGUGGCCCCACAUGGAGGAUCCCCUGUUCCCAGUGAGUCCUUUUUGUGGCUGCUGAGGUUAAAACAAUUCACUGAGUUUGCCAUGAAGUUGGCAGACCUCUUCACCCAGUACAACAUCCCUGGAGACAAUGACCAGAAAUUAAAAUUGUUUGCAUCUUUGCAAUUCCUUGGAAAGGACUUGGAGCAGAUAUCACUUUUACCAUGUGUGCCAAUUGACUCUGCCCAAGGUGACAUGAUUAACAAUGGCAGAGUUGGGUGUCUAAUUGCUGGAAAAGCAGAUUGCCCUCUGUCUAUCCAGUUCUAUUCCACCCCAACUGAUGGAAUGAAGACCUCUGAUUUACAAGAGGAAGAAAUGACUGAUAGAGAGAUGGUGGUGCAGGCUGCAAUGGUGACAGUUGAUGUCAGUGAUGUGCCUCACAAGCUUCAGACAGCCUCUGUGAUCCAACAGCCUCCACAGCUGGAUCCCCAGGGUUAUCCUGUGUUACUGCCAUUAAGUGAGAUGCUGCCUGCCUGCUUUCACCUCAAACUGCAGCCAGCAAUACCAAUGAUGUGUUCUUUUGUCGACAAGCUCAGACAAAUAACAGGUGUGGUCAUACCAGAUGUUGACCUGCAGUGGGCAGCCUUACCCAAGCUUCUUAUGAGUAGUUCACCAAGUGCAAAAAUCCACAUGGAGACAUUAGAUGAGCAGGAUGCUAUUUUUACAGCGCCUCUUCCUGGUAGUGUGAUGCACAGUUAUAUCCUCCCUGGAGCAGCAUGGGAGGUGCCCGCCCAAAGAGGGGCUGUGGUGGACAGUAUCCCCUUCACCCACCCUGCCCAUGUACCAGCCCUACUGGAGCUGCUUCGACAUCAGUGUGUCAUCAACACCCUGCUGAGGAGCUGUAUGACUUCUCAGUGUACCGGAACAGGUUCGGAGUGUGACCAACACUUUGAAGUGCGUCCUGAGUCUGACAUCAGCUUUUCUGUGACCUUCCAGGGACCUCACACUGACUCCCUCGUUGUUUUGCUGGUGCAUGUAUCCGAUUCUCAUCAGAUUACCUGCACUUUGUUUGGGGCAGAAAUAGGGGAUCCGUCUAUGGUUGAAAACCUCUCAACUAUUAUGAAGAAGUCCAUGUCCAUCCCUCUGGCCUUGAGGACAUUAUACCUCAAACUGGAGGAGAUCACCCCUGCCCCAAUUUCUGCCAGCCCUGAGGCCACCACAGAGGCUGAAAAUGACCAAUCAGCUUCCACAACUACCGCUGCGACCGACACCAAUGGUGCGUUGACCACGUUCUCCCAGAAUGCAGCUCUGCCAGAAGACGACUUCAGCCUUUCUGGUUCGGCCUGCUAUGCCAACUCUGACAAAUCUGAGCUCCUUCCUGAAAUAAACACCAGUCCUGCUGUCAGCCCUUACCCUUUCGCUCCUGGGGGGGGUGUUUUUACACUGGAUGACCCAUAAUGGCCACCUGUCAGAGCUGAUCUGAAACUAUGUUUACAAGUGGUGACAUUACGUUUUUUUUAAUUUGUCGUUUCAAGACUUAAAUAAAUACAUUGGUUAAGCAAAUGUUGCUGCAGAAAGCUAAAGUGUUUCUUACUUUGCAUUCCAGUGUGGCAGAGAUUGUUGCCUGUAAAGGUUUUGAAGUUUGGCAUUUGACCUUUCUCAGACAGCCAAGAGCCCAGCUGAUUGGUACCAUGUGAGCCAAUCAAACAUUGUAAAAUUGCAUUCUUAAAGGCUCGUUAGAGUAAAGAGAUCAACACCAGAGUGAAAAGAUCAACACCGUAAACAUUAAAGUCAGGAAUGUCUCUUCUGCAAGCAAAAAUAAUGGCAAGGGGAAGGGUCUGAUUGUGAUCAGCAUAAAAUAUUACAGAUGUGCGAUGACUUUAAUCGCGCUCCUAGACCCGUUAUCCCAUUUAUUUUCUUUUUUAAUGGUGUUAUCCCAAUUUUGAGUAAAAAGUGUAGUAAUUCAAUACCUUUUGUGGAAUGGAAACUUCUUCGUCUUGCAGCCAUGACAUCUUUCCUAAUGCAAAAAUACUUUUAAAGAAUAACAAAUGUGCAGUUUUAUGUACUGUAGCUUUUACCUUUUCCAUGAUUUAG